AUAUAGUAUUGGUACCACACUGCCAUCAGGUUGCAACUUUUGGCUAGCUGUCAAAAAAUUAUUGAAAAUUUUUCACUCUACGAAUCAGACCACAGAAAGUGUCGUCUCGUGAAACUCGAAACUCUCGGUCCUGCCAAUAUAUGCAUCGGUCGGUGAAUAGAAAAAGAGUAAAAUUGAGCUAUUAGAAAUUAUCAGCAGAAGAAAUCAGUGUCCACGAAGCAAGGCCAAUACAGCAGAAGUGUGGUGAAUGAAGAAAAAAUAAAGUUCUAUGUCGGAUAUCUAAAGUGAGUGAACACAGAGAAGAGAAAAAAAGAAAAGUCUAUCGACAGCAAUACCUACAACAAAAAUCAAGGAAAAGUGGAGCAUCAAAGUGGAUCAUUCCUAGAGCGUCGUGUGGAGCAGUGCCAGCAAAGCAGAAGCUAGCCUUUGGAUUUGUCCUAGCGAGCGCAGAUUCCGUCGCCAGCCAGCGCUUCCUUCUGGAUUCAGCACAGCGAUCCAGCAAACGACGACGCCGAAGACGACGCCACAACGCUGUUCAUCUUUUUCAUGAAAGCGGGUCGAUAAUCGUCAAGAUGGAGUGCAAAUUGAUUUCACGAUAUUCGCCACUACUCGUGCUAUUCUUAGCAUCACUAGUAAAUGCACAAACAGGUCGCAAACGCGACACAAGCAACGUCUACGAAGUCAUAUAUUACGGUAACUCCCAGGUGAGUGUGGGGGACCCGUUUUCGAUAUCGUGCAUAGCCUCGAUCACCGAUCCGAUCGAUUGGCUCAAGGACGGCGAGCCAAUCCGGAAGCACAGUCAAAUACGUCACGGCAAGGACGAACACUCGUACAUCGUGAGCGAAAUGGGAGUCGCAGGAAUGCGGAACAAAAUUGAGGCCACCCUUAGCGUUCAGCAUGCCCUACCGAAGCAUCAAGGUCGCUAUCAAUGUAACUCUCGACACAAAAGCUAUCACAUGCUAUACAUAGUCGGAAAUGCUUCAUCCGCUGGCAGUGGUGGUAGUGCUACUGGACAUGGCAGAACCUCGGUUAAAAGUUCCAGCGAUCAAAUUAUGGACACACCGGAUGCAUCUCUCAUUGAACCAUUGCUCCUGACAACAUUAAGGCCAACAUUGAUUACCUCAGUUUCGAGCUCUCAUCACCAACUGACGACGCCCGGCACAUUUAUCUCGCCCAAUGCUCAUCCUAUUUCUACAGAAUUCGACAAGCAACAUUCCCAACAUCGUCAUCACCAGCAGCAAUCUCACCAUCAUCAUUCCCAAAGCGAUAAAUCCACAAAAUCUGAUGAUGACAAACAAAAGUCUCAACAUACUUUCAAAGCAGACUCGGUGCGAUUUAUGAAUAAGAAUCAGGAACAAUCCACAACGAAAGACACCCUAGCUCUGCCAGACGACGAACGGUACGAUGAGGAUAACCUGAGAGACAAAACUAAUAAGGACAUCAAAGAAGAUGAAUACCCCGAUACAACGGGAGCGAACGAGGACAGGAAUGGCAACGAUAACGAUGAUAUUGUCGAUAAGGAGGAAGAUGCCGGCAAGGCUAUUGUUAUCCUCAAUGAAGAUAGAUACCCCACUUCCGGAGAGGCCAACCCACUGGAUGCCAUCGCCGGUGAAAAUAAAGAGUCAAUCUCGGCAGUUGAUAAUGCCCGAGUGGGAUCCGAACGCGAUGACGAAACCAUCGACGAAGACACUAGCUCUCACGAAGGCGAUAUCAUUGUAAUCGAAAAGGACCUUUCAAUCGAAGACAAUAUCGACAAAUUGAUACUAAACAAGAGCGAAAUCAAUGGCAUGAUUCGGGUUGACAGUGAUGAAGAUCUACACCAUCACCACUCUCACAAAAAGCUUGAUCAUAUACGAAACGAACACACUUUGAUUCAUGUCCCUGUAGAAGCCCUUCCGACUAGCCUAACUACGGCUCUGAUGAUAGUACCGACUACCGUUCCAACCACUAGCACAACCCUUCCUCCGUCGACCGCAACUUCCAGCACUGCCGGUACAAUGACCACCAUCAAGCUACACGGACACGGCGGCGAAGGACAUCACCAUCAUCAUCAUCGGAAUCACGAACAGCAGCAACAACACGCGUCAGUCGCGGUUUCAGAUAUCCUGCAUCCCAACUACGAUGAUCCCAGCUCUAGUUUAAAAUAUUACGACAUCGCGAAAGCAAUGACGCUCGGUUGUAAUAUCACGAAAGAGGGCGAUUAUGAGUUAAGUUGGUCAAAAGACGGCGAAAACGUGAGCGAAAUCGAUUCGCUUCGGGAUCGUUACAAAAUAAUUAAGGAAGAACGCAAGUUCAUCAUCAGUCGGGCACUCGAAUCUGAUGCCGGCUCGUACACGUGUAGCGUGCGGGCGCUGAAUGCGUCUAGAACUUUUAAUGUAGUAGCAAAUGUUAUUGUUAAAUUUGAAAGCACAGAAAUAGGAAAAACAAACAUGGUGGAAGGCGAAAAACUCUCCCUUCAUUGCGUAGCGUUCGGAACGAAUCCCAAGAUUACCUGGACAGUUGGCAACGCCACCUUGAGCACGAGUACAGACCGCAUCGUGCUGGAAGAAGACGACAAGGGCGUUGAGAAUGCCCGGUUAACUAUCGAGAGCGUGCUGCUCAGCGACUACACCGACUACACCUGCGAGGGCCGAAACAACGCCACAGAUAUCACGGGUAAACCGGCACAAGUCACGAUAACCGUUAGGAUUAGAGGAAAAUACGCCGCGCUUUACGUUUUCUUGGGCAUUAUUGCCGAAGUUGUUGUAUUAUGUGCGAUUAUUUUAAUAUGCGAAAAACGACGCAACAAGACAGAAAUCGAGGAAAGCGACACCGAUAACAGUCCAGACCAGCGAAGGAGAAAAAGCUCUCGAAACUAUAACUAAUAAUAAAUUCUAUCGUACUGCUGAAGCAAAACUUCUUAAGAAAUUGUUGAAUAAUAGCUUAGUCACAAACUAGAUCUAGAAGAACGUAAAACAAACAAUAGGAUGCAAUGGAAAAUGCCGGUAACAAAGAUUCAAAUACUAUUACAAAAAAACAAACAGAAGAAAAUCCUCGAUCACAACAUCCAAUCCAGUUUCAAGCAAAAAAAAAAAAGUCAGACACUUCAAAAGUAGUGAUGUCGUGAUUUAGAGGAAAACAUUCCAAAGAAAUGAUAUUCGGCGUGAACAUUUCGGUCACUCAACCACUGAAGCCCACCAGAGAACUUAUCCUAAAACAGAAGAACGUUAAAGACUUCCCUCCUUAAUAUUGAGAACCGGUAACAUCCCAGGUUCGCUGAGGAAACCUCGUUAAAUGUUUGACCGUUUACACCCACACAUAGACACAUACACACAAGACAUACAUUCAACAGACUUAGAGAUACAGCAUGCAGGAAAAGCAGGAUUAAAUUAAGCAAAAAACGUAAACCCCCUUUUGAAGAAGAAAAUUUUCCUAGCGAAUAGAAUACAUAUGCCACCACUGCUGCCCUCUUGUACCGCAAUGAGAAAUCUCGAAGCGAUCGAAAGGAAAGGUUCAAUCGUGAAACAAUCCUUUCGGGAUAUGCACCGACGUCGUUGGUCGCUCUUCUGGACAGCCCAAUGCCUCGUUGGAUAUUUAUAAAAAAGAAAAUUUGAAAGCUUUAAAUAAUUUAAGUCACGAUUUCUGUGAUCAACAUUGAUUGUUUAUGGGAUGUUUGAACUUCCAAACGUAGAUGGACCCGAUUGGUGGUAAGAAAAUCAAACAACAGGCACAAUAUUGAGGCUCCAGAUACUAAUUAUCGCUGGUUGAUACGAUAGAACAAAUCAAGUUCGACGUUUCGAGUUUUCCACGUGGACACAAAUUCAGAUUCGUUUUACCCAUGAAGAAAAACAAAAAAAGACAAAUGUCAUCAUUAACUACUAGAAAGCGACAGCAUCUCAUCAAAACCUAAGUAGUAGCUUAACAAAGCCGUUUGUAUAAGGUGCAUGCAAGCGCAGAAGAGCAUCGCAGAAAAAUCUUUUUUAUGAAAACACACAAAGAAAAAUCGUGCUUAGGCAAACUAGUUCGAGCAACUAGGCGAAAAAAGACUAACCAAAAUAUCACAUAGGAAAUACAACAAACGCGAAUACUAGCCUACGAAAGAGAUUCAGAAGAUUACAAUACCACGUGUGGAACCAUUUGCAAUGAGCCCCACAUAAGAGUUACAACAAAAAAAAGUUAUUAGAUUAAGGCAUCUACCAUUAGUCGAUUAUAAAUACUUGGAAACUGACAGGAGGCAACGAUUCCGGUUUGCUUUCAAAUAUUUAUGAUCGUACUCGAUUAUUCUUAGGAGCUGUUUGAAAUGGAAUCGUAAUUCUACUGUUCGUGGAAGAGAUCACGCGAAAAAUAAACGAAUAUCGAAGGCAAUUUAUUCCCACAAAUAAUACUCCUUAGUAAGGGUUUGAUCAAACAUCAAACCAAUCUUAAGUGAUAGGAUAUGAUAACCUUAUCACAAAGCAAGUGUAUUUUUUGGAAAACGCACUACCACUCGUUUUGCAAGCAAAUUCAAACAAUGCUACACGGGUAGGAAGGAAAGUUAGUACAUGAUGAAGAUUGAUAGACAUUUUCUGAAGCUGUAAAUAAUUGUAACAUAUUAAGUAAUCUAAUAGAAAUUAGUAACAUGAUGAGGAAAAAAACAGUACGACAGGUUGAAGCUGUUUAGGUUUUAUUUACUCUCAGUGUAUUUUCAUCGUUCUUCGGUUAUUUCCGCUUUCAAGGUGGUGAUUUAUCUAAGUAUGUAGAAGAUAUAGAAUUAGAAAACAACGGAAAUUGCGUUACAAAUAGAUAACUUAUUUCGAAUCGUUAAAUUAGCAACUAAAGAGGAAUGAUGGUAAUCUAUUUCGGUUAAAGCAAGGUGAAUAAAUAAGAAUAAUAUAAGGAAUAAAAGACGACUGCGUUCAAAACGUAAUCAAAAUCGAGAAAAAUCUUAUAAAUAACUAAAAGUACGCUUUACCUAGAUGAGAUUUUAAAGUUAAUGACCACGUACACGUACACCUUUAAUUGUCUUUCUAGAUAUGAUCUUUAUAAAAAAAUGGCCGUUCACCCUUUCCGUAUGUUCGAAUGCCUAAUGACACUUCCUAUGUACAUUACAUCAAUGAAUAAAAGAUACCAUGGAGUAAUUUCCGAAACAGUGCUUAGGUACUUCGUUUGUAUUGUAUUUCAUCGCUGUUAUCGUUAGUGAAUAUCAUUCUUUUAUUAUAAAUUACUUCAAUAAUUUUACUCUUGAAAACAAUUUCAAGAAUCACAUUAUUGAUAUCAAUUCAACGAAAAUUCUAAUAAGUUUUUAGUACUAACUCCAAUCGGUUUGUAGUUUUCUGAAAAGUAAAUAAUACUGGCGUUUGUCAGUAUGCUCUUUCGGAUAAAAUCCAAAUCGCUGCGAAACUCAAAUUCACUUUCAAAUCGAUUUAACCUUACAUGCCACUGUCCGGUUCUAUUAUAAAAGGAAUACGAUUUAUUGGCGUUUUUGUUCAUAAAGUUGCUGAAUUGUGGUAUUAAUAUUGACUGUCCGCUUGAUAUGAUACACCGCGCGGUUGUUAUAAAGUUUCCAAAAACGCGCAUUUGGCUCAAAUUCCACUCGGCGAAUGGUCCAGAAAAAGAACAACCGUCUUCGAUGAAACACCGAAAUGUAACCGCCCAUGAAAAUGAAGUAAAAAAUAUGCAAAACCGCGGUUUUUUUUCCUCCAGGGAACGCCCAGUGAUGUGAGUGGCGAACAUUCAGCUGACAUGGAAUAAAAACAAAACAAAAUGCUCACGAGCAUCAAAGUGGCUGAUUUACUCGCAUCUGUCAUGCUCGCGAGUAAACGGAGCCAACGUGAUUCGUGAACGUGUUCGGAGCUGUUCAUAGUCAAUUGUGCUUCUAAGAUUUCGGCUUUCAAGGGUUCUGCGAGAUUUUUGAAUUACAAGGAUUUUUCACUCCUGCUGAUACUGAUUACUGUUGAAUUGAUGGAUAUACAAUUGAUAUGUCUGUCAUCACCCAAAUAAAUCACACCUUGUUCAGUAAAUCACGAGUAAAUGUUCGCGAACUUUUUGUAAUUUUUUUUGACAUGUUCUUCCGAGCAGGCGGGUGCACACUUACUCACACCAAGCCUUUCAAGAGUCUGUCAUGUUUGUUUUGCAUUGGUUUACACUCGUGAGGUGCUUCGUGAUGCGAACAUUUCAUUCACUGAACGUCGAGUAUUCUUUCAACCAAAUGCACUAAUACUCAAUAAUAACAUUUAUGUACAGAUAUUAAAAAACGUCAUAAAUGUGUCUCCCGAUUGAAAGUGGUUAGAGAAUGACUGAGUGGCUGACUCCAAGAAAUUACUCGAGACAUUUCAUCAAUUAUUUUCUACGGCAAGAUUCAUGACACAAGCUAAGUAGAAUUAUCAGAGGAAAUGUCUUAAGACAAGAUGUGAGUAAAUUAAGAAAGAUAGAGCUGUGUGCGUUUUAGAUGCAAAUAUCAAAUGCGAGAACACCAAACGCGAGAAGAUUUUCUACAAGGAACGCGGUGUUAAAGAUACUUUUUUCCCGCUAGGUCGAUGGUGAUUUAUAUAAUCGUUGCUAGGUGUGCUGUAAUUAUUUUGCGUUUCCGAAUUUGGAGGACAUUUAGUGUAUAUUUGCACCUCAGCAAUAAUUAAAAAAAUAUUGAUUCAUGAAAAAUAUUAUGAAUUUAUGUAUUUUUGAAUUCCUGGAGAAAUUGUGUGAAUAAUUCCUGAUAGAAUUUAAGAGGACAUAUGAAGGUAAAUUUUAUAUGAGAACUUUUCCCAAAAAAAAACUCAUGAAAUAAUUUCUUGUGAUUAUGGAAACAAUAUCAUUGAUAGAAUAGUUUGAAAAGAUAAUUCAAAAAAACGUUUUGUAAAACUUUGUUAACUACUUGAAGAAUUUUUGUAGUUAUUACAGAAAAAAUAGGGGUAAUUUGCACUGCUUUUUUUCUAUUGAUUACGGGCCUCUGACUGCACAGGACAAAAUCGCCAGUAAAGAAGACCGACACAAAUCAAAACGGUAGACUUUUCCAAUUCGUCAAAAAUUUAACUCCACUGUAUUGAAAAAUUAUGAAGAGCAGUGAUGUUAUUCAAAUAAGCCGUUGGUCAGCUUGAGUCUCAAAACACUUAUUGCGCAGUGAAUAGAGUUUAUGCCUGACACGCUUAUGAGGCUGGUUCAACUCCAGCACCUGCUAUUUUUAAGAUGAUCUAGAACUUGAAAAUGUAUCCGAACUUUUUGAGAGUUUGAAAGCAUAGUUUAACGUAAGUAGUCGAUUGUUUUGUUAUCAAGACUAGCAAUAAAAUUAUAAUUUGGAAAUUACAAAAAGUGUUCUUUGUUUCAUCAUUAUUACAACGCUGUUUCCUAAUAACUUCAUGGUUGAACUCCAUUGACUACACUCUUGAUGAAUUGAUUAUAGUACAUAUGGCGUCAAAUGAGAAAAUUAUAUGAAAAAACACAAAAAAGGAGGAAAAGUAGUGUCGGUAGGUAUACUAGAGUAAUCAAAAAGAUAAGAAAGAGAUUAUAAUAGCUAAAGGCAAUCUAGAGCUAAUAGAAACGUCGAAAAUUUUUAUUACGAGAUGUGCAAGACUUGAUAUGCAGGAUUACAGCAGAUGUACUUGAUGAUUAUUACGUACAGUUGACAUACAAAUACCUGUUUCGGAUGACAUGUUGAGCUUGUACCAGAAAAAAAUGUGAAGAUAAAUUUUGAUUAUGGUUAUUAUAUAUUUAUUUUUUGCUGCAAAUUAUAGGAAGUUGUUUUAAGAUCAGUUUCAAAAUUUUAUAAAAUUACCAUUAUAAAUUACUUGAAUUUAUUACGAAUGACAUUCAAUGCCUUACAUCGUAAUAAAAACUUCACGUUAAUUUUCUCAAGGCGAACUUCUGUUUGUUCGUUGUCUAUACAUCUUUGUUCAAAAUUGUACCUCGAUAAAAAAAGAUCGUUUAAUAUGAACCAAAGGGCUGAUUUAAAAUACACCAAAAUUAAAUACAAAUGAAAACCGAUAAUUCACUCAUUGACUUAAACUCGAUGGUAAAAUUUCCAAUGUUCCUCUUCUACUGUAUUGAUUUUACAAUACUCAAGCGAUCAAAAUGUCUUCAUGUUUCGGUCACUAUUGUCAAUACAAUUGAACAGAUUUCCCAAUUCUCGUAAACACUGAGGUCGGGAUAUGAAAUAAAGAUGAUUGUUUAGCUAACAGGAAGUGUAAAUAUCAAACUAUCUAAAUCGCGUCAAGGCAUCUGAAAGCGCGCAAUCUUCAGCACAUGUCAUCACACUGUUGCCACUCAUACCAUACCAGUUCUAAGCAACUCAUUAAAACAAACAAUAUUACCAACAAAGGAAAAUCAAGAGAAAAAUCCAAUAAAUUGCAGCACAGAAAAAGCAUGUGGAAUAUUUCAAUCAAAAUAAUCACACUAACAUUUACAUAAAUACACACUCGCAUCAUUCGAUAAACCUAAAAUCAUUUGUAACGCAAAAAAUCUAAUAGAACAAAAAUAUGCACUUCCCGCAAAACAAACAAAACAUAGUAGAUUAAAGCAGAUUAAAGACAUGUUGUAAAGCAGCUGGAAUAAGAUUCCGCACGUAAACAACUGAAAUACACAUUUUUAGAUGCACGACGUUGAAAACCAAUGAAAAAGAAAACAACAAAACAAUGUGAAUAAAAAACCAAAACAAGAUAGGAGGGAGAUCACAAAAAAGGCAUCACCAGUCAAUACAGAUGCAGAAAUAUUACCAAAUGAACCGAAAAAGUAGUUACUACAGCGGUUACAUAAAAAACGGACUAACAUUUAAUUGUUUGGUUUUAAUUAUUGAUGAAUCCAGAAUUAUUGAUUUAUUCAAAUUGAUAUCACGCAUUAUUUAUGAUAGGUAAAGUAAGAAGUAACGUGUUGCAUUGAUUGCGAUCACAUCAAUUGCAUUCUGGCUAUUGCCAGAAAACCACUUAUUUAGUUCAUUGUUCAAUAGAAAAUAAAUAACUUACAUAACAUAGCAACAUUUUUCCUCCCUCUGUACUCUCCAUGCUUGCGAAACAUCGUCGGUUGAUUAAUAAUUCAGAUAAGUAUAAACUUUAUAUUUGUUCAUUCGUUUUCUGUUGAACGAACCUGAAUAUCCACAAAUGCUGAUAAGUAUUUCAGAAUAACAUAACAAACACAAGGUAAGCUGUAAGAAAAACAAAAACCCAAAAAUGUAGUGACGAAAAGUGGUGUGCGAAAACAAUGGAAGAGGAAUGGGAAGAUGCUGAACCUUCAGCUGACGAUACAAACCAAAACAAGAAAUUAUAGAAUGUUUAACUGAAAAUUUGGAAAGAAGAAACGAGACACUACAGAUAUUGUUAUUAUGUAUAAUGUUUGACCAAUAAAAAGUGAACAGUUGAUUUAAA